AAGCACUAGUUGUGUCUUUUGUGUCUUGUCCUGUAGUAUUAUUAUACUUAGUAUUGUAAGUAUUGUAAGUAUCUAUUCUCUAUAGUUUAGUGUGUAAUAGAGUGAGAAACACAAUCGAUAUCGCCGGCUGAUUUAGUAUUUGUUAUUGUAAUUUGUAAUUAGAUCCAUCGAUUAGCUUCGCCUGCUCUCAGCUCCAUUCACUUUGAUUUUUCCUACUCAUCCAGGUAGAAGUUAUCAAUAUUUUUCUGAAAGCGUGCAUGUUUUGGGCUUGUAUAUUUUGUGCACAUUUCAGCUCCCAGCUAGUGGUUUUUGGAUUGUCUAUUGGAAUGAACCUCUUCUACCUUCUUAAAUUAUAAUGCUAUAAGGUACAGAAUGAUCAGAGUGAUUUUGUUAAGAAUUUAGUGAAGACUUGAUAAUAGAUGAGGACGAGCCGUUUGUGAAGAGUAGGUGCAAAGAGGUUCUAAUGACAUCUGGAUCACGAUAUCGCUCACAUGUAAAAAGGCGAAAAUGGAUGAUUGUUCUUGUUUGUAUGGUGGGCAUUUUUCUGAUUAUAGUCUAUACGUAUUUGUCAAAAAGUUCGGUCGCCUGCAAUUUAUUUUCUUCAAGCAGUUGUUCUGUUGAAGUACUUCCAUCUACUCCAGUAAGGGAAUUGACCGAUGAAGAGACAGCAGCUCAAGUUGUAAUUAGUGAAAUAUUGCACACACCUCCACUUCAGCCAAAAAUCCCGAAAGUUGCUUUCAUGUUUUUAACGCCAGGACCAUUACCUUUCGAAAGGUUGUGGGAUAUGUUCUUUCAUGUUAUUCUUUUCAUCUAUCUGUUGGGAGCAAAUUUAGUAUCAGACAAAGAAAAAAGUUCAACAAGAAGUUGCGGACAUGAGGACAAAUUCACAGUUUAUGUACACGCCUCUAGGGAACAGCCAGUACAUGUUAGUCGUUACUUUGCAAGUCGGAAUAUUCACAGUGAAAAGGUUGUCUGGGGAAGAAUAUCCAUGAUAGAUGCAGAGAGGAGGCUUUUGGCAAAUGCACUUAAAGAUCCGGAUAAUCAACAAUUUGUCUUGCUAUCUGAUAGUUGUGUGCCACUUCAUAACUUUGACUACGUGUACAACUUCCUGAUAUUCGCCAAUGUCAGUUUUCUAGACGUUUGGGAAGAUCCAGGUCCCCAUGGUGCUGGUAGGUACUCUGAGCAUAUGCUUCCAGAAGUUGAAAAGAAAUACUUUCGGAAAGGGUCACAGUGGUUCACUUUGAAGAGGCAACAUGCAGUUUUAGUUACCGCCGACCAUCUCUACUAUACAAAAUUCAAGCACUACUGUAGGCCAGGUAUGGAGGGAAACCGUAACUGCUAUUCAGAUGAACAUUAUUUGCCAACCUUGUUUAAGAUGUUUGAUCCUAAUGGGAUUACGGGCUGGUCGGUAACAUUUGUUGAUUGGUCUGAAAUGAAGUGGCACCCAAGAUCAUUUAGGGCUCAAGAUGUUACAUUUGAGCUUCUAAAGACCAUGACCUCAAUUGAAACCAGUGUACAUAUUACAAGUGAUGGGAAGAGAAAGGUAUUGACAAGACCUUGCAUAUGGAACGGAAUGAAGCGGCCUUGCUUCCUGUUUGGGAGGAAGUUUUACCCUGAAACUCUUGAUAAUUUGAUGCACCUAUUCUCUAAUUAUUCAACAAUAUAAAUACUUCUGUAAAUAAUUUUUUGGUGAGGACAACGGUAACUGAAUCUGUUACAAUUCCCUGGAUUUGGUACAUUAGUUAUAUGUAAAGUCUUGAAAGUGUGUAGAAGUUGAUGAGAUUCUGAUCACAUAGAAGCGACCAAUUAGACUUUCUGUUGGUCAACUGUGCUCCUACAUGGAGGGUGAACUGAGCAACUAAAACUCCCCGGAAGGAGGAUGAUCAGCUGAGCAAUCGCAGCUGCUUGAGAAGUUCCUUUUUGUUUUAUUUUAAUGCCGCCUCUUGCUGUAAACAUCCAUCAGUCCUUCCGAAAAAUGCUAAUCUCAGUUAUGUGAUUUUCCAUUAGUGGAAUUUAAUGUUGUGUUAUGUUUUUGAAUAGA